GCCGGUCUCCCCCCACCCAGAUUUGCCGGAGGCGCACCGGAUCCUGCCUCAUGGCCGGUUCCCGCGACUCGGCCGCCGCCCCAACCGCUGCAGCAGCCGAACACCUCCACUAGGUGCCCCGGCGGUUCGGACCCCCACCUGGCCCCUCCCUCGAACCCAGCGAGCCUCCGCCCCGACCUACUUCCCGCGCGAGGUCGCCUCCGCCUCCUCCUGGCGCACCGCCGCCCCCACCAUCUCCACCUCCGCCUCCGCCGAUGCCUCCUUCUCCACCUCCGUUCGCAAGCGAUGGCGGCCGCGGUCUUCACCCCCAGCCACCAUGGCUGCAGAUCCACCCACGGCCGGUCGUCUAAGCUUCAAGCAUGGAUGGAUGGAUUCAGGAAGGUAUCCUUCCUCCCUGGGUGGAGCGAGCUGCAGAUCCCGUCCGGCCCUCCGGAACCGGCCAUCUCCGCCUCCUCCUCGCCGCCGCCGCUGGGGAUCACGUCUUCACCAAACGCGAGCUCCGCCCCAUCCGACCGACCGCAAAGGGAGAUAGGACAUGGCGGAAACAAAACUGCACGACGAUGUGCAUUUCUGCAACACAUCAGACGGAAGAAAAAGCAACAUGAAGUUCCUGUAGAUUAUCUUAUAGGACGGGCGAAAUGCAACAGAAGAAGCUCCUCCGCUGCUACUCGCCAAACUCCAAGCAAAAAGGACCUUCCACUUUCCUUGCUAAUGGGGCCUCAGUUUGUUCGGAAUCAGAUACAACCAUUUGAUCCAUUAUUGUUCGUGGGCAUCAUAUUUAAAAAAAAAUAUUUUUUGGAUUUUGUAAAGUUUGCGGUUAAUAAGCCGGUGAGAGCUGAUGGUUCAGUUAGAUCCUGCAUUUACUUGACCUAUUUCUCUGUCAGGGGCCUCAGUUUGUUCGGAAUCAGAUACAACCAUUUGAUCCAUUAUUGUUCGUGGGCAUCAUAUUUAAAAAAAAAAUUGGAUUUUGUAAAGUUUGCGGUUAAUAAGCCGGUGAGAGCUGAUGGUUCAGUUAGAUCCUGCAUUUACUUGACCUAUUUCUCUGUCAGGAGGAUAUUCAAUACCAAGAUUUAUGAUUUGGCAUAAGUGAGAUGACAUACAAGUGAGUUUAAUUCGUGAGAGUGAAAUAGCAACAGUUUAAUUAUCAUACCGCCGGCAGCUGCACCUCAACUGCGGAAAAAGAAAUCUUGAAGAACCAAGACCACCACCAGCUGGAAGAAGAUUUCAUCUAGGAAAUUUAGUCCUAGGGACUUUGAUAUACAAUGAUACACCAAAGCAAGCAAAGAAGCCAAAAGAAGUUAAAUGUUUUUACCUGCUGCUGGCAUCCGAUGAGCAGUUGCAGGUGUCAACCAUAGUAUUGUUAUAUGAAGUGAGAGUUGCAUGUGCUUAUCUGAAGCUUAUACUAAUAAUUUGCCUCCCUAAUUGUGGCUGAUCUGGAGCUCAUACCCAUGUUGGUACAUUUUCCUCUUUUUAGUUCAUCGGAAAAAUUGACACACAGCGGCCGCUAAAUUUUUUGAGAAGACGAACCAUGGAGAUUGGAGAUGAAGAGCUGGUCGCCGCCCCUGUGUACCUAUUCUGAUUGGAGUUCUUAUUACAGUUACAUGAUCAUGUGACAGCAUGGCAUCGGACAACACGGCCUUCACCUUAAUGCACCCCAAAGGUGGUCAUCGCCGAAGCACGCCAAGGGUGAGCCAUAACCAUACCGUUGACCCACCGGCGUGGUGAGGACAAAUUGCAUAGUAUCAUGUUUUUUCAGUUAAAACCUGAGAACAGAAAGACGUAUCUAACACAGUAUGUAAAAUUUGUAAGCUCAUAUGAAAAUAGCUGAGAUCAAAUUAGGUAAGCACGUUCUUGCAAGCGAUGUAUUUUCUCACUUACGAGAAUUACUGUAGUAGCCUAUAUUCAUGCACUCUCAUUUUUGCUGAACAAUUCAUGAUCAAUACUGGAUUUUUUUAAAGGAAGCCACUUCAACUUAGUUUGA